AUGCUCAAGGUUGUCAAAGUACGGCCAUGGAGGGUGCUCUUUGCACAAAAAAUACCAAGAAAUACCCGCAAUAUCCACACACCUUCACCGCAAACCAUCACUGUCCUGGGAGAGACUUACCCAACAGAUGACUACACCAACCUCCCACCGACCAUUGCCGCACUUCUCGCACGACGUCUACAUGUCACCCCUCCUCACCCGCUCAACACGAUCCGCAAGCUCAUCGCUGGCCAUUUCGAGGGGUUCAAAUGCUACGACAAUCUCCCCGCGGUCGUCACACCCGAACUAAACUUUGAUUCGCUCGGGUUCCCACCUGACCACCCCGGCCGUGAAAGGGGUCAGAGCUACUACAUCAACAGAGGUGUCAUGCUUCGCACGCAUACGAGCGCGCACGAGGUGGAUAUUUACCGGGAGACACCGAAAAGCGGUGGUUGGCUAUGCACAGCGGAUGUAUACAGGAGAGACGAAAUCGACAGGAGUCAUUAUCCUGCUUUCCACCAGACCGAAGGUGCCCGGCUUGUCAACCUCGUAGAUAUGGACAAGCUGCGAGCAGAGAACGACGAGCUACGACGCCGUAUCGCCGACUCAAAAAUCAUCAUGAAAGACUGUCUGGACUUUGACCCCGUGACGAACCCCUUGCAAUCCUCUCAUCUCCCGGAGACGGUGCUCCCUAUGGCCCAAAAUCUCAAGCUGCGAAUCACGACUUUGUUCUUGUCCAUCUUUCCUCCCUCAAGUGACCCACUUCAUGUACGCUGGACACCCGACAUCUUCCCAUGGACGUCUCCCUCAUUCCAACUCGAGGUGCGCUACCGCGAUGCGUGGCUUGAGCUCCUAGGCUGUGGGAUUGUACUCGACGCGACCAUCGCACGUACGGGUCACAACCCUGUGGACGAACGGAGCUGGGCAUUUGGCAUGGGCCUGGAGAGGAUCGCUAUGCCUCUCUUCGGCGUUCCGGACAUCAGGCUGUUCUGGAGCCAGGACGAGAGGUUCUGGAAGCAGUUCAAGGACGGACAGCUGAGUACGUUCCAGGAGUUCUCAAAGUAUCCCCUGAGCGAGAGGGACGUCGCGUUCUGGCUUCCGCUCGGCGAGGUGGGGGGUUGGGAAGAAAACGACCUGUGGGACAUUAUUCGGGAAGUUGGGGGAGAUCUGGUGGAAGACGUCAAGCUGAUUGACGAUUUCUGGCACGAGGGGAACGGGAGGCGCAGCUUAGCGGUGAGAAUCACCUUCCGUAGCAUGGAGCGAAGCGUGGAGAGAGCAGAGGUGAAUAAGGUGACAGAUGACAUCAAGGCGGCGUUGACGGCGCGUCUCGCGGUCGAAAUUAGGUAA